AUGGCUGUGUAUUUGGCUUCUUACCCUGGAGGGACACGACAGAAAAACCAAGCUCUGAUUGGGUCCGGCACACGUCCACCAGUGUUUGCUUGGAGAAAGUCACGCCACAGUGGGAAACAGCACAAGGUCUUCAUUCCACAGGAGUCCACCAAUAAGGAGUUGGUCUUGGUUGUUGGUGAUUCACAUCUCAGGUCCUUUGUGGAGGGAGAUGUUGUCAUCAGGCCACAUGGUCCGUAUGGGUUUGGUUUCUCUUCGUCCCUUGGGGCCACUGCACAUGAGCUGGAGCUGGAGGUCCAGCAGCUCCAUGUCGACCGUCAGGUGUCAUUGUGUGUGGUCCUCGCAACUGGAAAUGACACCGACAAGAAGACUCUGACACAAGCUGGUCAAGACUUCGAGCGCCUCCUGUCAACUGUACUCCGACGCUGGAAGAAGGCAUGUGUGGUCGACUUCCCUACUUGCCACACAGUCUCUGAAGCUGUGCAGAACCAGUUUCGUCAAGAAUACAGAAGACUGGCAGAAGCUAAUGGGUUGCGGUACGUCUCUUGUGCUGACAAGUUUCCCAUGGAUAACCUUGGACUGUGGGUUAGGGAUGGUGUCCACCUCAGUGUACCUGAGGGCGUGCAAGUCUUGGCUGACUUGAUCUGCAAGGCUGUUAAGGACGAGGUGGUGAACACCAGGGCGCCCACCUCCUGUCCUGGGGAGGUCACUGCAGCACCUUCCAAACCCUCGACAGAGUUUCCAGAUUUGGUUCCGAUCUGUCCUCCACCAAAGGCUGUCCAGUCACCUGCUCCAUCACAUGAAGGUGGGGUGUCUGUUGGACAUGACUCCAAGAUGCACGAAAAGUCCAGCUGA